AUGUCUCACGAAUCAGUCUGGAACUCCAGACCUCGCACCUACGGAAAGGGCGCUCGCGCUUGCCGAGUCUGCACACACAAGGCUGGUCUUAUCCGCAAGUAUGGAUUGAACAUCUGCAGACAAUGCUUCAGAGAAAAGGCCGCCGAUAUUGGAUUCGUCAAGCACCGUUAA